GCCUAAGGCAAGACCGUAAUAGCUUCAGUUGCCUUACCCUAGAGCCGCCUUUGCACCUUAUCAAUUGUCAUUACCAUGGCGGACGUAGAAGAAAACCCUAAUAUAGUAGUUGCAGAAGAAGAGUCAAUUAAGAAGAAGAGAAAGAGAAAGAGAGACAAGAAGAAUAAAAUGGCCGUAGAAAAAGAGACGAAGAAGGAAGAAGAAAGCGAAGGCAAAGAAGAAGAAGAAGAGAAUGAGGAGGAAGAGCAGCAUAAUGAACUGAAGGAGGAGAUUAAGAAAGAGAUGAAAAGUGGUUCCGGUAUUAUGACUACGGAGUUGUUUUCUUCUCUUGAAAUUUCUGAGCCCACUAUGAAGGCCAUCAACGACAUGGGCUUUCAGCACAUGACUCAGAUCCAAGCCAGGGCAAUUGCUCCUCUUCUGGAAGGCAAAGAUGUCCUUGGAGCUGCAAGAACUGGUUCUGGUAAAACGCUUGCAUUUCUGAUACCAGCCGUGGAGUUGUUGUAUAAUGUCCGUUUUACACCUCGUAAUGGAACUGGGGUUAUUGUCAUUUGCCCAACAAGAGAACUGGCUAUACAGACGCAUUCUGUGGCAAAGGACCUUCUCAAGUAUCAUUCGCAGACUCUCGCCUUGGUUAUUGGUGGUUCAGCAAGAAGAGCAGAGGCAGAGCGUAUUGCAAAGGGGGCUAAUCUCUUAGUAGCCACCCCUGGUCGACUUCUUGAUCAUCUUAGAAAUACCAAAGGCUUCAUUUAUAAGAACCUAAAGUGUCUCAUGAUAGACGAGGCUGAUAGGAUUUUGGAAGCGAACUUUGAGGAAGACAUGCAGCAAAUCAUCAAACUUCUACCAAAGCAGGGGAGGCAGACUGCUCUCUUUUCAGCCACACAAACAAAAAAGGUUGAGGACCUUGCUCGCUUAUCUUUGGACAAACCUGUCUACAUUGAUGUGGAUGAUGGGAGGAGGAGGGUUACAAACGAAGGGCUGCAACAAGGAUACUGUGUUGUCCCAAGCGCUAAGAGAUUUCUUCUCCUUUAUUCAUUCUUGAAGAGGAACCUGUCAAAGAAAAUAAUGGUUUUCUUCUCAUCUUGCAACUCUGUCAAGUUUCAUUCCGAGCUACUUCGCUAUAUCAAGAUUGAAUGCCAUGAUAUUCAUGGGAAGCAGAAGCAGCAAAAACGAACUUCUACCUUUUUUGAAUUCUGUGAAGCAAAAACAGGCAUCCUGUUAUGCACGGAUGUCGCCGCACGUGGUCUUGAUAUUCCUGCUGUGGAUUGGAUUGUGCAGUUUGAUCCCCCUGAUGAACCCAAGGAGUAUAUACACAGAGUUGGUCGAACAGCACGUGGGGAAGGUGCUAAAGGAAAUGCAUUACUAUUCUUGAUUCCGGAAGAGUUGCAGUUUCUCAAGUACCUCAAGGCGGCAAAAGUGCCUGUAAAAGAAUAUGAAUUUGAUCAUAAGAAGGUGGCCAAUGUGCAGUCUCUCCUGGAAAAAUUGGUCGCAAAUAACUAUUACUUGAAUCAGUCAGCUAAAGAGGCAUAUAGGUCCUAUAUUCUAGCAUAUAAUUCUCAUUCCAUGAAGGAAAUAUUCAACGUUCACCGACUUGAUCUACAGGCUGUAGCUUCUUCGUUCUGUUUCUCUAAUCCUCCAAAAGUACACCUCAACAUAGAUAGCAAUGCGUCCAAGUUCAGGAACAAAAAGCGCAAAGUUGAAGGAAGCCGAAAUGGGUUCAGUGAUAGCAAUCCUUACGGAAAGAAAGGAAGUGACGAUACAAGGCAGUUUGUAAGAUAUUAAGAGAUAGAUCAUAUGCAGCAGCAAAGGUUUCUGCACCAGAUGCAUGUUAACAUGUAUAAUUUUUCUCUAUUGUACUUUCUAUGUGGAAGAGUUCAUAGUUGAGGCAUUUUGCUUUCUUAUGGCUAUGGCACUUCGAAUUUUCUGGAUUAAUUCCACAUUUUUGUCCUGGCAUUGCCAAAGUAUUUUCUUGUUUAUUUAUUUAGUUAUGGGACGAACGAUUUUCUUAUGAUAAAAGAUUGAUUAUGGCGAGGUGGGUUAAA